GACUGAGAGUCCAAGUCUUCCAGCUGGACCCUGCUGCUGCUCUGCUCGCUGCGUGGGGUUUAAACCAGGACACACACACCUGACGGCUGAGUUCCCCUGGGCUGCUCUUUAUCGACUCAGCGUUGUAGGAAAAACCAUGAGAGCCUUCCUCCUGCUUUGCCUACUGGCGCUAGGCAACGCCAAACCCUACCAGCCAAUCAACGUCAUGGACUUCAUGAAAAGCUAUGACAUCAUGAUGGCGGAUUCAGAUGAUGACGACGACGAUGAUGAUGAUGAUGACGAUGACGACUAUGAUGAUGACGACGAGAACUGCCCAACUAAUUGCCAUUGCUCGCCUGGAGUCGUGCAAUGCUCCGAUCAAGGUCUGAUAGCCGUACCAGAGAAGAUUCCUGAAGAGACCGUGAUGAUUGAUCUCCAAAACAACGACAUCACUGAUAUCAAGGAGGACGACUUCAAAGGCCUCAGCAAGCUUUAUGGGCUGUUUCUGAUCAACAACAAAAUCUCCAAGAUUCACCCAAAAGCCUUCAGAAAUAUGAACAACCUCAGGCUGCUGUAUCUUUCCUACAACCUGCUGACGGAGAUCCCAGCAAAUCUUCCUCCCAACGUCAUCGAGCUCCGCUUUCACGAAAACAACAUCGGCAGAAUCCAGAAGGAUGCAUUUAAAGGCCUGAGGAAACUGCAUGUGCUGGAGCUGGGAGCCAACCCUCUGGCCAACAGUGGAAUUGAGCUUGGAGCUUUCAAUGGUUUGUCGACUUUGUACAUCGGUAUAGCAGAGGCCAAACUGACGGCUGUACCUAAAGACUUCCCAUCAUCCAUCACAGAGCUGAGUCUGGACUACAACAAGAUCUCUAAGGUGGAAAUAGAAGACUUCAUCAGAUAUAAAAACCUGCAGAGACUUGGACUCGGGUUUAACCAGAUCAGGUCUGUAGAAAACGGCAGCUUCACUAACAUCCCGAGCAUCCGUGAGAUUCACCUGGACAACAACCGCCUGAGGAAGGUCCCGCCGGGCCUCAACUCCCUGCGCUACCUCCAAGUGGUUUACCUCCACGCCAACAAAAUCAGCAGCGUGGGAGUCAACGACUUCUGUCCCGUCACGCCCAGCCUGAAGAAAAACCUGUACACGGGCAUCAGCCUGUUUGCCAACCCCGUCAAAUACUGGGACAUCCAGCCCGCCACCUUCCGCUGUGUGACCGGGCGAAGAGGCGUUCAGCUGGGAAACUUCAGGAAGAAGUAG